CAUGACUACGCCGUUUGUUUGCUUUUUUUCAUCGGGCUUUACCUGAUAAGAAAGUUUCGCAGUGUAGGUUACAGUUAAACAGAAAACGUCUCACGAAAACGACGAGCCUAACAAUAAAUUAGACACAGGUUUUAUAUAAAACCAAAUCGGAGGAUUAUCAACGUCAUUUUGCUGAAGUCACGAGACCACCGGAAGUGACUGUUUUCGUAACCGUCGUAACCUGCUUUUACCUGUUCGGUAAGUGAGCUUUUGUUUCAUUUUGUGUACUGUUUACUACAGCAAUAAUGUUUCACAUUUUAAGGCCACCCUGUUGUUUAGCGGUAUGUUUCUGGAGUCCACAGGUAAGCAGGUUUGAUGUUAAAUCACCAUACUGGUAAAAAAAAAAAAAAAUGAGACAGCUGGCUUCUUACCACUCACACAGCUACAAACAAUCGAGUCACGUUUUGAAGCAGGGUAAGAAAAGUGUAGCGUUUGUGUCCUCUCUGUUGUCAGCUCAGAUGAUAAAACAGAUGCUGUGUCAAACGGAUAGAUACGAAUUUCUGUCACUAAGAAAGAUUUGAUUUCCCAAUGAAUUAAUACCAUGUUUUACUGUUUACAUCUACUUGGCUGCAAUAAAACAGCUGCACUUACAACUCACCCAUUUUAAAAUGAAGACAAGAAUAUUUUAAGAGCAAAGAUUUCCUGACAACAGAUGUGAUAUUUGGAGUUUAAUAAAAGCCACAAAAUACAGCCUUCAAAACAUUUGGUUUAUCUGCAUUCAGUCAGUGCUUACUUUUUGUGCCAAGUUUAUGGUAUGCCUUCCUGCAACAUAGAAAGGAUGAUAUUGAUCAAUUUUGAUAAUCUGAAACAUGAUAUUUGUACAAAGAGGAGGGAAAAAAACAAAUAAUCUCUUGCUGACUUUUCAGGUCUUAAGUGGAAUGAGCAGGUCCAGUGAAGAACUUUUCCAGGAGACGGUUCCAUCUAGUAACCACCCAGAUUGAUCUCAGGAUAAAGGGGUGGUUAUUGCUGUGAAAACAUCCAGCUCUUCAUUGUGGUAGGAUCAUUUAAUACUUAUAUCUCGAUCGGUAUCGGCUUCAAGUAUUGUUGCAGAAGUGCAAUAUAGCAUCCCAGACUGUGUCAAAAGAGCUUCAUCUGAUCUAAACCUUCUUCCACCAAUGAGCAAAAGAUAGUGACAUGACAACUGAUGCUGAAAACUGAGCACAAUUUAACUUGGUGUUCUGAGGCCGUGAUUUAGUUUUUCUUUGUUUACAGAUGUCAUAUUUAUACAGUUGGAAACAAAAGACAAGUAGACAAGACAAACACAGCAGAAAAAUACUUUCAGAACUUUUUAUUGGGACUUAACAAGCUGCGUCCCUCUCCAGUCUUGUGCCUUUUUGCCCAGUUUAAUAAAACUUUUAGCAACUUUGCAUACAGCCAGCUCUACUCAUCAAGUAUUUAUUUCAUAGUGAGCAGUGCGGAAUUGAAACUCCCUUUUCCUGUUGAAAAUCAUUUGCACUGGCUGGAUGGUACUUGGCUGGACAAACAAAUUAAGGCUAAAAUUUGAUGAAAAGAGCUUUUGACCUGUUCAUUUGAUCAUUGUAAUUUCAACAUACCAUGUGUCAUGCAUAACAAUUGUAGAGUUGGUUUGCUAAUUUUGUUAACUUGAUGGAAGAAACAGUUUAAAAUGAUAUAAGAAAUGAUUUCUUGUUUUGGAUUUUCCUCUUUUUAUUCUCUGAACAAAAGAAAAAGAUUUAUAUACCAAGAGAAACACUUCACUUGUUGCUGCUUUCACAAUUUAAAAAUGAUUUUUAUCCCCCCUCCCUGUAUUGUAUACAGUUUGUAUUUUCAUCAGGUCAGCCUCGUUUGGAUGGAGGUUGAGGGCACUGAGUGCAACAUGUUUUAAUAGUCACUCAUUGUUUAUUAAGUAUGAGAAUAAAGAUGUAACAAGACAUGGUAAUCAGUUUGUAACCCUGACCAAUUUAGUCUGUAAUCCGGGGGGCGUGCUCUCUCAAGUGUGAAAAUGGGGCCAUAUGUGUCUUGCUCCUCUCUACCUCUCUCUCUUUCCCUCUCAUGUUUGGAUCGCUGCGUCUGUGACAUGGAGGAUCAUGGGAGUUAAUGGGGUAGGACUCCGGUCAACAAACGGGGUUAUGUAUGGGCACAAACAACAACACAGUGAGAAAACAGACCCGCCAGAUUCGCUUAAAGCUGUCUGAAAGAUGUCUGCCCUUAUGAAUAUGCUAAUCCCAGUUUACCAUGAACAAAAAAAAGCUCAUUAAUUAAUAAGAAACAAUGGCCCCCUUUAAUGACACAAUAGCUGUCGUUGUAGACGGGGACUAACGUAUGUCUGUGCAGAGUGUAAUAUUUAACAAUAUUAAUCCAAACCUGUUGUCGGUUUUUGUAACAUUAUUUGACAAUACAUUAGAAAGGUGUUUAGUACAGUUUCGCAUCAUAAAUCUAUUUAGAAUGAGAUUUAAGAAAGUGAAAAAUAAGCACGUUAUCUGUGAAAAUAAACACAUUAAAAGCUUACAAAUUUCAUUUAUUUUACAUAUUAACUGACAAUUUUGACAGUGACAGACAGUGAAAGGCAGACAGACAGGCUCACAGACAGUCACACAGUCAGAGGUGUGUUUUGUCUCUGAAAGCUGUUUUACUGCAUUAAGUAUUAACCUAAAUAACACAGAUCUCCCCAGCUCAGAGAUGAUGUGAACCAAACAGGACAUAUUCAGGACUUUUACGCCACAGCCACAAAACUAGAUCAAACCCACAAACACUUCACAACAAUAACAAAAACAACCCAGAGGGCCCUACCUUCUGCGACUCAUUCUGCGGGACAAUGAGUGUAGCAAACUUUGCAGUGUGCACUACACUGAUAGGGACUUUUGCACUUUAAAUUGCACCUGGAAGAGUAUCUCAUUUUGACAAAAGUCUUCAAAUAAUCCUGCAAAAGAGACCUCGUUAUUAUCCCAGCUUUACUCUUUUUACAUUUUAACAAACAUAGCUGCAAACUGCUGCUCUUGGAAACAAAUCUUUGAUAUCAUGUGAGCUUUUCAGAGGCGAAAGAGGUUCAACAGCCAUGUAAUACUGGCAAAAACAUUGCUUUCCAGAUUCACAUUUUUUUAUCUUUAGCCAUACAGUAUGUUGUGUAACUCUGUCGAUCUCUUCAAUCACUGGUGGACUUUGUCUUCCCAGUCUCUUAGCUUUCAGCCUUUCUUUUUCAUUCAAAUUUUUUAGCUUUGAUGCUUUCUAUUUGUACACAGCAUAAAUGUAGCAGAGGUCUGGAGCUGAAAGAGACCUAAGUAAAUAAAAGUAAAUAAAAGGGCUGGGCACCACUUCUACAAGAUUGGAUCCAGUCUACUUUUGGUAGUUCUGUUUUUAUUUAUUCUAUUAUUCUUGGAAAUAAGAUAAGAAACAAAAUUCCAGGAAUAAAAAUGAACCUGCUUUCAUUGUAAAGUUAGCUGUCAACUUCAUUACACUCAGGGAAUCGGAGCCAGAAAUUCACCUCUAGUUGAAUGGUGUUGCUCUGUAUCCGUGGUGGCGACAACACUCACUUGCAAAGUCAAAAAACUACCAGAAACAGGAAUCUCACAGCCUCUCCUAAUCCCAGUUUAGGUAGGUGGCUCUAUAUAUAUUUGGUGACAUUCUGUUGCUUUUCUGUGGGCUGGAAGAACAACAUCUUAUCUUUUGUUUAUGAUUGCAUGAAAAGAAUAAAAAUUAAAUUUGAAUCUUGUUUUUUUGAGGGAAUUAACAGCCCCAAGCAAGAAAAUCUGAAUUCAUUUGAACUUGAACUUUACUCAUCUACUGUGACUCAAACUUAAAACUUCGUCUUAGCUUAUGUGCAACGCUGUUGUUUCUUUCAGAUUUGAAUUAUGAAUUUGUCUUCACCGGCUUCAUGAGGUUUUCCUUUAAGGUGAUGGGACAGAGCUUGGACAUUUUUGGUGACUUUUCAGCCACAUAAUUCCUCUCGCCUUUUCCUGAUUGACCCUGCACUUUAUAACACCUCUCCCUGGCCUUUACAUCUAUCCUGAGUGCCUUCAGCAGCAGCAGCAGAGGAUCAGUGAGGUCUGAGCGGUCAGCAGGCAGCAGCCCGCUGCUCUAUUAUGUCACUAAUUGGUGGCAUGAGUUAGAUGGCAGCAAUAUCAAAAGGCAGGAAGCAAAGUUUGGAGGGACAAGGGAGGGGAUGAGGAGAUGGAGAGAAUGAAGGGAGGAAAGAAAAGUGGAAGUCAGUAGGAGAAAAGGAGAGAUUUGCUCUCAUUAGAGGUGGGCGUGUCCAUUUUUCACGUUAGUAGCAAAUUAGUUUGACAGGGGAGUGACAAGUUUUGUUGUUGCGGAUGUUUGAGUGUGUACAUGGGUGUGUGUAUGUGUGGGUGUGGGGAUGUCAGUCCAAGGGGUUCUGGUCAUAAGUGUUAUGUACAUGAUGAACAAUAGAAUUACCAGGUGUGGGUGAGUUUAGCUGCUCUCAUAGUGUCCCCUUUUCUGGUGGGAAAUGGGAAACGCUAAUGUGGGAAAGGCAGAAAUCAGAGGAAAGAUUUAGGAGAGAGGAGGCAACAAACAUCUCCGGAGAGAUUGAAAUAAUUUGGCAUGUCCCAAGCAACUGACUCACAUUUCAUUCAACACUGGUUUUAACUUCCAAUUACUUAAGACAUUAAUCUUAGUGUUUGUUAAGACAAGCAACACAGCCACAAAAUUUAAAGAGAUGUAACUUGCAAACACCAUGAGCAAUCCUUUGGUACAUUUGGCAACAUGGCAACUGAAAAGUUUUACAAACAGGCAGAACCAGGCUUUGAGUGAACAGCCCACCAGAUGGACAGAGAAAGUGGCGAGAGGGAGGGUCACAGAGAGAGAAGUGGACAGAGACAAACAAACAGAACAGCAACUAAAAUAACAGAUAAUCCAGACAGAUGGCUAAAAUACAAACAAUGUGAGAAACUUUAUCAGACACAGAAUUGUUAUGAAAAUCAAGUGACAUUCAGCAGUGGUAGACACCUUUGGCAUUUGUUGGACUCUGAGGUUUUUGCUGCUUAUUUUGUGUUUUUUUUUUCCCUGUUUUUGGUCAGUAUGAUCUCUAGAGUAUGAUCGGGCUGUCUGUUUAGGAAACGCCUCAUUAUUUGGUUAUCAUUUGGUAACAGUCUCAACAAGUGAUGUAAUUGCAUGAUUGCCACCCUUUGUGUUGGAGGGAGAACGACACUGACACCAGCGUGCCCACCAUCCCCUCUGGCCUCGCUCUCUUGUGCCCCGGGGCGUCUUGUGCAGGCUCAUGUGUCCUAAUCGUCCCCCUCUCACAUCACUUCUACUGACCCCCUGUUGUGGUGAGAGAGAGAGCAACAUUACAUCUUAAUCUCACCCGCUUGAUGGAGAAUGCAGGUCCCUGAAAAGCAGCAUUUUCUGGUUACAUGAACCCAUUUGUGGUGAAUCAACCAUAUGCCAAUUGACAUGGCUGCCGCUGAAUGGCCAACGUGGAUUGUAACAGUGGUGCGGGGACAAAAAGCCCCCCACGGGCUCCCACACCUCCACCAGGACUGAACAGACGUUCGGGCUGCUGACACAAGGCCAGACCCCCCCACACCCGCAACGAUACAACAACACAAUAUCGGUCUCUAACCAGCUUCUGAUGUUUAUGUUUUUGAUAUCAUGUUAGGAAAACUAGUGAAUGCAGCUCCAAAAUCAUAAAAUACCAUUAAAACUUCAUCACUUUAGGAUGUUUAUUAGUUAUAACACCAAGUAUGUAGCAACAGUCACACAUCAAAUCAUAAAAUAUAUUUCCAAUCAUAUUUUGGCCAAUACAAAUAUAGAUAGUGAUACACAUCUGUUUCUUCAGUGUUAAGAACUCAAAGUGUCCCUGUAUCAUGUCUGCUGACACUUAUGUUGUGCUAACCCCGAGGAGUACAGCUUGGGGUUCUCGGGUUCUCUAUUUUAUGCUGUGGGUCAUUUACUGAUGAUAUUGCUGUUCCUCUGCUUUUGCCUGGAUGUUAGGUUAAAUUGGCACCUCUUUUCAAUGCCACCUGGUCAUUUCCUCUCCAAAAAGAUUUACACAUUAUUAAAUUUAAUACAUCUUUCUAAAUGGAUAACUCGUCUCUGUUUACUUAAUUAUCAUACUGAUAACUCUCCGAUUGCUUCCCACUGAGCAAUAGACGGCUAUUAGACAUGUAGGUUUUUUUUAGAUUCUGUAUAUUUUCAGACAGAAUGUAGACAUUGCACUUUAACCCAUUAUUGGAUAACCAUUUGUUUCAAAAAGCAAUUGUGAGUUGCAUAACUGAUCUCCAAGUACUUAAACAAAAAUAAUUAUGAUAGCCAUUGAGCAAUAUACCGUGUAGCAUAGAUAUAUCCCAGAUUUAGAUUUAGUUUAAACUUGGUCUAAAUUUAAAUGUCUGAAAAACUUUCAUUUUUUAGACCUGUGGUAGCCUGAUUUUAGACCAGUCGUCUAGACUACAUUUAGACAUCUAUUAGACCUCUUUAGACCAAAAAAUGCUCAGUGGGUUAGUAUUGAGAAUAUAUACAUUUUUUAAUUUUGAAAGGUAAUGCCAGCAAAUACCCUCUUUUAUUUAAAAAUGACUAUAACUGUAAUGUAGCUGCUCACGAACAAAAGAAAAUAAUCGAUUGAAUGUUUUAAGGAACAGCACAGGAUAAUCUUUCGUCUUUUACCAUUAUAGGUGUUGUUUGUGACUAGUUGGAAGUCUAAUUAAGUUGUAAUCAGGUGGCAGUUGACUCUUGGAGAUAAACGAACACACCAAUCCCUGUCCUUUCUGCACCAGUGAUCCCACAUGAGAGCGUGAGACGGCCAGCUUUAGUGAAAAUGAGCCCUGACUGGAGAGGCAAGCUGGCCCUGCCACUCCACCGACUGUACCGCUGGAGAGGCCAGUGCGUUCACCAUAUGGGACAGGGAUGGUCAAUAGGAUUACGUCGUGCACCUCUCCUUCUCCCUCUUCUCUCCUCCUCACAUAAUCAACCAGGGGAUGAAGUCCUGGCCCACCAAGCCUCUGCUGAAGUAUCCCAGAUCCCCUUUUCCCUACUUGGGAAGGGGAGAGUUGGGCAGUGGGGGUCUCGUGGGCAGAGAGAAAGAGCAAGGGGGACCAGCAGAUGGAUUAACAUAUUCAACAGAAGCAGAGAUCAAGCCUUUAUAGAGUGAGGACAGAGGGAGGCUUUCUCUUUCACAUACAGAGUCUGAGAGAAAACAGAAAUGAGUGUAAGCUGGAUUUGUUUUCAUUGUCAUGGAAAAUCAGCGAUGGGCCGAGUGAUAACUCCAACACUCAAAUGUAGCCUCAGUGUUUUCAGCAAUGCAGGAGUGGAGGCAAAACAGAAGGGAAACCCAGAGCUGGAGAGCAGCUUGAUAAGUAAGCUCAAAGUGCUCACAUUGAGGCGCAAUCGUACCAGAUGUAGCUUUCAUUUGAUUUUACUUUACACUCUGACAUUUUUGGAAGGAUAUUAUAAUUUGGCUACAAUCUUAGCUCUGCUUCACUCAUAUUCCCCUCCUUUUUUCCUGACAGUGUUUUUUCUUUUUUAUGGAUAAGGAUUUUUUUUUUUUACAUAAGACUGCAAGUGUAACAAGAUUAUAUUGUGUAACUUGGUCUGUUAAAGAAAUAGUUUUGCUUUUGAAAAGCGGUUGUUUGUGGUACUUGACAGUAGCAAAUGUAUUAACCUAAAAGGAUGUUGGUCAGCUCAGCAUGCUUGAUGAAAAACUGGCUGGAGAGCCUGAACUGAAACUGGGCUAUCAAUCCCUUUAGAUCAGGUCAAAUGUAGCCAAUAUUAAUGUGUGUGCUAAUGCCCCAUUUGGACAUUUUUUAGCACUUUGCUGUCAGAAAGCCUAACUGUUUUUACACUAUUCUCAAAUAAAACGUGUUCUUCUGGCUGCUGCGCACUGAUCAGCUAAGUUCAUAUUUCUGUUAGUCAGUUUGACAUAAUUUGGGGUCUUAAUGUGGACCAUGUGUAUUUUAAUUCUGCUUUUGUGUUUUUCUGAUUAAGAAAGUCAGUAAAGUAACAGCAGCAUGUAGUACAGCAAGAAACACUGGAUGGUGAGCAAUGCAGACUGCUUCAUAUUUGAAUCACUUGUACUCUUUGAUUCAAAAAGGCCUUAAAACAAAGCUGUGGUUAUUAAGUCCCACUGUUCUUCUCUGAUGGCAGAAGCUGGCUCAAUUUACACACCUGCACCAGCAGGUAACUUGGGAUUUCUCCCGCUGCACUUUUUCCUUUGGUUUGUUGAGUCUUAUUCUUCAGUUCAUAAAUUUGUUAACUUGUGCCCUGCCAUUACUGCAGUUGGAAUUAUUUGUUUUUAAGUUUGGUUGUACUUUUGUUUCUUCUGAGGAAACCAAAAUACCUGAUAAGUUAGCUGAUCAGUUUACUAACAUGCCCAAACAGCUUUGAAAAAAACAGACUACUCCUUUAAUUUCAAGACCUCUAAGUUUAACAACGAUAAACUCAACUCAUCCUUUAAAGGGAGAAACAUGCAAGUAUUUUGCUUGGAUUUUAUUAUCAACAAUAUUUUAUUUGUAAAGAGCCAUUUUGUAUUAUCAGUAUUUUCACUUUUGAUUCUGGUAUGCAAGUAUAAUUAUAAAUUUAGAGUCACUACUUUAACUCAAGUUAACGAUCUCAGCAUUUCUUUGAACCCCCCCAAAAAACACCACACAUACGCAGAUAGUUAGUAGAUAUACACACGCACACACACACAUUACCACUAUGCUGUGAGCAAACCCUUUGCCCUGUCCCAGCAUGGGCACCAGAUUAGAGACCCUGUUUUUUCGCUGGUUUGCUGUUCUCAUGACAUGUGAAUAGUCAGAGAGAUAGCAGGCCGACAUUAUCCUUCAGAUUCAUCUCCACAUCAAAGAUGAGCCCAACGGCUGUAGGAAUACCACCCGGAAAGAGAGCAGAGACCCCGCUGUUAAUGUUGGAUUAGAGAUCCAAAAGCAGAGAGGAGCUUGUGUAGUGUUUAUAAGUGACUGUUGAUAUUUGAUCAGGCUAUGUUCUUUUUUCUUUUACAGGCCCCCUUUCCUUAAGCAAGACUUUAUUUCGUGAGCUUGCAGUAUGUCAUGCCAACUUUGUGAAGGAUUUGAUCCUAACCUCACAGGAUAAAGAGAGAUGUUAAAGAACCCUAUUUUAUCCACCUGUCUAUACGCAAUAAAUCACAGUUGUUUCUUUGCUUUUCACAGAAGUAUCAGAUAAUUUAUGUUUAAUAUCGAGUCCCAAACAAUCACUUUUCCUCUGAAGUGUAUGAGCUGUUUAUCUGCUCCUGGGUUCAUGCUUUCCUGAAGGCUUUGAACAUGGAUUUGGAUGGGAUUUACUUUCAUUCAGUCACAAGAGAAUUGGUGAGGUCCAACAGUGAAGGUCUGCUCACAGUUGGUGUUCAAUUCAUCUCAGAGGAGUCUGAUGGGGUUGAGGUCAGUGAUCUCUGCAAGCCAGUGGGCUACCCCAGGAAUUAAGCACACAUCGGUCAAUCCACAGUUAAGGGAGACCUGUCGUGCUGAUCUGCAUUUUACUACAAACAUGUUACAGUUAAUGUUGGAUGUCCAUACCAAACCUUUGGCAAAUUAUCACAGUAUGACAUACAUGCAAGUCUGCACCUUGUGAUUCAAUAUGUCUCUGAAAGUUGCUCAUGUUCUUUUAGUCGGAAAGGAAAGCAAAGCAAAGCAAAGCAACACCUGAAUUUGUAUCCCUGGAAAAGUGGCCAAAAUGACAUGUUUCAGGUGAAGAUUGAGAAGUGCCAAAAUGAGGGUUUUCACAGAUGUCAAAAAGAGAUACAAAUUUUUUGAUCACGCAGAGCUACUCUGUCGGUGUCUCAGACUGACAUAAUGAAAGCUGAUUAGUGUAGUAUGUCUUCUUUCAGCGUUUUUGAUUUUCAUGUGUCUAAGAUUGUGUCCCUGAAAGUGGCCCAUUAUUUCGAGCAUCAGUGUCCGUGGAGCAUCCCUAAAGAAGAGGCAAGAUGAGUAAAAGACAACAUGGAAGGAGUUAUGGGUGUGGGGUCAAACUCCCAUCAGUGAUAUUAAUCUGUUGAGCAUGUUGGGUGGGAUGAGAUGAGAGAAAAAGAGGGAGAUGUGGACAAGAUAAAGAGAGCGACAUAUCGAUGCAGGGAAGGAGACAGAAGGAAAACAAUGCAGCAGCAGCCAGAGAAAGAGGGCGAACCUGCUGCCUGGCUGCUGGUGUUGUGAUGGAUGAGGUCACUGAGAGGGCUUCCUCCAAAAUGCAGAGUGUCUUCAGGGGGUCAGUCAGAGGUUGGGUGGAGGUCAGAGUGCACCCAAAGGGGAGACAUAGAGUCUGAAAGUACCACAAUAAAUUUUAGUAAAAUUAUUGUUUGGAAAUGUUUUCCUGUCCUCACUGGUCACUUUUUUUGUCUGUUUCUGAGAAAACGUUUGACCAUCAUGGUCAAAGUCUGUCUCUAUAUCAAACAGGCUCCUGAUGACCCUCCAUCGAUCUCAUCAAACUGUUAAUGUUUCCCCAAAGUCAAAACCCAGAUAUUUGAGUUUGUUCUUUUAUCAUCAUAAUAUAAUUAACGCGAACGCUCUCUGAGGCGUUUAAUCCACUGUUGACAUGUCAAAAUGCACAUACGCAAGGCAUUUCAUCAGCAGAGGGAAGUAUUUCAGCACUUAACACACCUCACAACUCUAUGAAGGCCAUGAUUGCAGCUUUUUCUUUACCGGGUACCAGAAGAAAUAGUAAAAGCUGUAACUCUUUGAACUCAGCUUCAUCUAUGGCAUGACAGCUUCAAUUAUUAUGCUCUUAGACUGUCAGAUGGACAGACUCUUUCUUUGCAUUGAUAAUUUGGAUGCAAAUAUAUCAGUGUUUAAGUCAGACACUUGGGGAUUUUUAAUGAUUUGAAGUGGGUUUGGUAGGACAGACAGCUAGACAUGUUAACGUUUGUUCAACCUUUACUUCACCAACAAAGAGAUUGUGGUCUGGUAUCGAAACUAACCUUACAGUCAAUUUUUAAUGUAUUUUCCUGUACUUUGCUGUAAACAGGAACUGCCAAACGAUUACCUUUUUGACCAGAAUUAUUUUUUGAAUUUUAAUUGUUAAUAACGAUUAAUUGCAGUAUUUUAUAACCCCAAUGAUCAUCAUUAUGUAACGGUUUUAACUUUCGUUAUUACACUGGCCUUUUGUGGACUAUUUGUCUAGGUCUCAGUCUGUUGCAGGCUUUGGCAGCUGUGAAAUUAAAAUUUUACAAGUAGUUGUUGUAUCUUGAUGUAGGAAUUUUUAUUUUAUUUUAUUUGAAGAAUACAGAUACAAAAAAAAAGUAAAAUUGAAUUUUAGUUUCUCUGCAAGAAAAGUUAAAACUAGUUUGAGAAAGUCAGACACUGACAAUGUCUCAAAGUAAAAGCUUGUUAGUUUUGAAUAUCAAUGAAAAAUAUGCAAAGUUAAAAUGUGAUUGUGAAAUACCCCAAACCCCUUUGAUAGUUCCUCUAAUGUGAAAACUAGCAUACAUGCUAAUUCCAACACAGACACACUGUACGGUGCACACAGAGUACUUUCCUGUGUUGUCACUUAGUGUCCCCGUGUGGGAGGGCCAGUCGUGGAGUAGCUAUGUGUGAAGCUCACCUUUUCAACCGUGUUGGAACCACUUGGUAAACACACACUAUAAUUACUGCUUAUUAGAGGCUAUAGGGGCCCAUUAGUGGCACCGGCCCUACCCCUCACUCUGCCUGCCACCUCAUUAUAGGAGCCAGCACAGCACAGUCUGCCUCAUUACCACCUGCCUGUUAAACUCACACACACACACACAUGCAUGAGUACACACACAGUUUCAGACAAACAAAAACAAGUAAACACGCACACAUGCAUUUGUGAAAAACAGAAACACACUGCAGGUGCUGCUAGACUGAAGUCAGGUGUUGACUUGUUAACUGUUGGAUUGUGGAAAAAAGAUGAGUGUGUUUGUGUGUAGGAGAGACAGGAGGAGAGAAAGUCUGCAUAACUGUGAUCAUUGUGUCAACUUUGUCUGUAGUGAUCAGUGAGUUUGUCACUUAUGUUACUUAUCAAAUAUUUCAUUGUGUAAAUGGUGAAUUUUUUCUCAUAAGUUCAAUAAGAUAUGAAAAGGAAACAGGCCAACCUCAUCCAAUAAGUCUGUGACAAUCAACAGUAACAGAUAAUUUAAAUAUAUGACAUAUUUGCUCUGAUAUCUGUUGUCUUUUGCCCUAGAUUGCACUUGAACAAUUGUAGUUGUUUCACCAGAAUUAUUAAUUUUUUCCCAGCAACCACCAGGUUGCCUUAAAAAGACAGACAUGAUGGAGAGUCGACAGUGUUGGACAAAUGGUUGAAAACAUGCUGAAUAAGACAGUGACUAUAAGCCUAAUGUAUUAUUAUUUGCAUACAAAUUCUCUCUUAAUUUACUUCUAUCAGAUACACUCUGCUUCUAUUUAAGGUAAUGGACUUAAGGUCAAGUUUGAAUGGCAGACAUAGAUCGGAUAAGGUUUCAAAGUAUGCUUUAGGCCUACUAUUUGACAAGGUGCUAGUGUGGUUCCACUGUCAAACAAGGUCUUUAACUUGAUAGGGCAGGACUGGUCACUUUGUUUUUUGAAUGUCAACACUAAAAUAACAAAAUCAAGCUAGCAUCAUUCAAGAUAGCUUUAAUAAGUAGUUAAUUUUAGUAGUUUUAUUAUUUUAUCUGAACAUACAUGUAUAAUGAAUACUCUCCAUGUUUACUUAUUUUAUUCUCUAUUAUUUUUAUCUAGAGUCCCAGUCAUUUAAAACCAAUAUAUUUUAGAGCUUUAAUCAAAAUGCAGUGAAUCUCAUACCGGCCUAUGCCUGUUAGGUAGAUGAGGUAAAACUGAGACAGUGUCAAGUCAAGUUAAAAACUCAGUAACAACUACCAAAUAUAUGUUGACUUUACAAUUAACAUUGUGUAACUUACAUUUCGCUGGAGCUGUCUUGCAGUUUUUAAGGUUUCAGCAUAAAAGUAAGAGCUUUGGUUGUAGGGAAGUAAGGACACCCGGGAUAACAUGCGUGCACAAACAUACGCACAAACAAAAGGUCCUUCUUAAUUGCCCUCUCAGUGUGCCCCGUUUUGACCCAGUCUCUAUUAAAUAAAACAAUAAUGUCACAUUCCAGACCAUGCCACCCUAUGCUGUUCAGUGUGCCGCCUGUGCUGCAAACAAAAGCCUCCUCUCUGUCAGCAGGCACUGAACCGGCUGCAGCUGCCACAGCCGUUUCUUCACUUUACUGGCAGGACCCAAGCUUCUCAACAGCACUGAUUUACUGAGGAAAACAGACGCUAUUUUCUCCCCCAACCAACCCUCUCCCUUCCAUUUCUCCUAUCCUCCUCUUCCCUCCCUGUGCCCCCUGCUAGGGUUACAAUUUCUUAGCAGAGUCUGUUUGACUCUGCCAAGACGGAGGAGCUGCCAACACACUCUCCUUCUCUUUGAUUCUUGUUUUAUUCUCUAUCAAGUCUUUCUCUCAGUCCUCUGACGAGUUACAGUCGUGGAGUGAAUGGCGCCAUGGUAGCACUGGCAGUUGAAGACUUGUUAUCUGUUUCAUUGCACGCUCUCUUGGUGUUUUUCUUAGCUUCUGCCUGUUUUUCCUGUUUCGACAGGUGAAUGUGAGAUGGGCAUGGGUGCCAGGGAAGCAGAUGGCUUAAAGAAAGUGGAUGGGAGCAAAAGUUACAAGAAAAAAACACAACAAUUUGGAGGAGAGAUGCUGUGGAGAAUACUAGAACUUAAAAAAAGAUAGAGACAGCUUAACCACAUACAGUGCCCUUGAGUGAUCGUUACUAUUCAAAACAUGACUCAUAUGAAUACUGACUCAUAUGUUAUUUCUCACAUGUACAUGAUAAAAGUCUGUAUUUUUAGGCCUCCUUCAAUCGGUGAUGGAUUUCACAACAAAGAGCUCAUGUUUGUACCACAUCCUCCAAUGACUACAGGAACAAUAUCUGAGUUGGGAGAUCCAAAGUCCUUAUUCAGUCAAGAUCAUACCUGUCAACAUUUGGGUUAUAAAAUCCAGGAGAUUUUUGCCGCACGUGCCGGGCAGUUUUGGGGUUACCUUGUAUGAUGGAUAUGAGCUAAUUAUGAGAGUAUUUCUAAUUAAAACGUUCAUCCAAACAAUUAUAAGUGAAGCUGCACACUUCUUUGUUUUGUUUUAACGAUAAGAAAUGGUAAUAACAAAAAUAAUAGCUACGAUAUGCCUUGAACUUAUUUAGCCCACAAACAUUAGAGUUAAAGUCCUCAUAUGUUUUACAUGCUCUCCUGUAUGAGGCUCUCUGAACAUCUGUGCAUGCAAUACAGCACUCUUUUAUCUGAGGCUGCCCUGAACGCAUCACUCCAAGAUGGUGCAAGACUAUCAAGAUAAUUAUUAUAUCUCAUGUUUGUUUCCCUUUCAUUUGAGUGUUCAUUCUGCAGCAAACACUGCUUAAAUAUAGUUUACAGCUUAAACUGACCUGAAUCAUCCCAAAUUGUAAAGUCAAAGUAUCAAUCCAGUGUCUGUGAGGCUCAGCAGAAACACAGGACAAUCUUUGGUUGUCUGGAAACCUGGCAACUUUGGACAAAUAUAGUGAUCCGAUUCAUGAAUGAUCGUGGACCAUGCAAACUGGGAGAAAUGACAAUACGGGAGGUGGGUAAGUCUGAAAUAUAAAAGAGUCUUAGGAAAAACGGGAGUGUUGGCAGGUAUGGUCUAGAUCAAUACUUUGUUUCAAUUGAUGGCCACUCAUCAGUUUUUACCUCAGUGUUUCUUGAGAAUGUUAAUUCUGUAAACCUUUCUGAAAAAUUUCUCAAAAAUGUUCUUAACUUGAUUUGUUGCUUAUCAAAUUGAAAACAGCUCUAAAAAGUGUAAUAUCAAAACAAAAAAAUGCAUUAUAGAAAAUCAUUUGCACUUUCAAAAGAUGUCAGGUGUGCUGUUUCAAUGAAGAAAAAAAAAAAGAAGCUCAGGAUAAUGAUGAGAGCAAACAUGUUGGCACAUCAUCCUUCAAGCUAAGAAUCAUCAUCCUGAAGCACCUGCUAGUCCUCGGUUUAAUUAUGAAACAAAAGGGCCUGAAACAGGUUACUCCCAGAAGAAUCCUUCAAACUCUUGCCAUGUGUGACUGUUUUAAAUGUGGUUGAUAAAGGAACAUGUGUGGCAUUCACCAUAUAAGCAUAUGUGUGUGUGUGUCCACUCCAGAGUGCUCCAAACUUGGAGGACAGCCCCUCCAGAAAACACAGGCCUGGUCCUCCAAACUCAAAGGAGGUGCUCCAUUCACCGCCUGGCAACGGUGCUGAGAAAUGGAGAAGAGAUGGGCAGAAUGGAAUGGAUGGGCAGUAAAUUAUCAGCUUUUAGAGGCGAAGACAUGGUAUUUAUUUAUAGCAUUCAGUCAGGGCACUCGGAGAGUUGCAAUAGAAUGGGGGUGAGCAUCUUUUGCAAGGGGCAUCCUAGGUGGUCAGCAUUGACCUCCACUAACCCCUUGUAUCCUGUCUCUUUCUCCCACCCUUCACACUUGUCUUGUACCCAAAGCUCCUGAGACCUCCCUGGUAAUUAGGGAACGAGUCACACCCACUCCCUGCCCCCAAAGGCAGUAAAUUUUCCUCCUUCUCCUGGCCUUCUGACACACACACUCACACAUCCUCAGAAUUGAAGCUUCAAGACACCAUUCAGCUAGAUCCCUACUUGCUCUAUCCCCCACUCUACAUUUCAUCACCACCCCUUGUUUUGUUUUGCUGUCUCAAUCCAUCAAUCUUCCCAUUAGCCCCCCAUAUUACGGAAACCGAGGGGAACGCCCCCUUUACACCAGCCCUUCAAAUCAGUCUUCCUCUCUGCACCUCCCUUGGCCUCUUCCACUUGCUGCUGCUUCCUUCUUUCCUUCCAUCCUCAAGUCCAGCCCUAUUAGUCCCACCUGUUGCUUUCCAUGUUCAUACCCUCUCUUGUCCCGUGUGCAUCUCUUCCACAUUACUACCAAUUAACCUCCUGCUUUAGUUUGACACCUUGCUGUCCUGGCACAAGAUGAUGGAAUGAAGAUGGGCAGAAAGAGAGAAGGCCUGAGGAUGCUGUGGGUGGAAGAUGGUGGGGGUAGCAGCACUUUGGGUGGUAUGUUUCCUGCAAGGGUGGGACACAAUGCCCCCAGUGUUCGGGCAGGCCCACAGGAGCUUGUUUUACAACAGGGGAGGGGCGGCCAUCAAUGGCCAGAUGAUGUGAACCACCCUGAGCCGAUUCACAGUGACAAACAGCCCCCUCCAAGCAUGCCCCCACCUCCACCUCCUCCUCCUCUUUUCUACUUUCUCCCAUCGCCUCCCUCCGUCUCUCCACACAUUCUGUUCUGUUGGACCAAAACCAGGGCAGCAGAGGGUAUGCAACAGCACCACAGCUCAAUGGACUGGAAGCGAGGGUACACUCCCACACACACACACAAACACACAGACACACAUACUCAAAAUUUCUCACAUACAUAAUGGGCAUACAUGCAUACACUCGCGUGCGCUGACACACACAGUAGCAGACCUUUUCUGUCCUUGGUCCUCUAAUAACGCCUCAAGCAUCUUGCUGGAACAUGAAUUGGUAUUAGUUUAAUUAAACCAGCAUGGCCUUCAUUUGUGUUCCUCUCCUCGUUCUCAAAAAAGGCAACACGACUUGAUGACAGCAUAAUUGCUGAAGAAUUGAAGGAGAGCUAGAGUGUUGAGUGCCAAGUGGGCCAAAAGAUCCCUCCCCUUCUCCAUCACCAUGCGCCCUAUGGUCCUGUCCUAGAGACCUGUCCUUUUCUCUUUGCCCCAAAUCGGCCAUUGCCCAUUCAAACAGGACUACCCUGCCUGUGCAACAUUAGCAUGCCAAAAUAAAGAAAUUCUGUUGGUAGGUUUCAAACUUCAGAUCUGCACCUUGAUGAUGAACUCCUUUUUUAAAUAAAAGGUCCAUCCAUCCAUUUUUUUCCUACUUAUAAGACACGGGUCGCAUUGGAAUCAGGAUUCACAAGUCAACCCUGAUGUUGCGUUCUCCAGCAAUGCUAGCUCCUCUUUGGAGCUUUGAAGCAUUGCAAGGCAAAAUGAGAUCUUCACCAGCAUUUUCAUGGUCUUUCUUGGGCCGGAGUAAAGUCAUAUCAUGGUGACACACUAGAACGCUGCCAAUCUAUCUAACAUAAAUUUAACACAUCUAGAUAAUGUGAUUUUGGAUCAAUAUUCUUGCAUGUAUGCACCUUGAUUGGACACAGUUUAGCCUUAGUGUUCUGCACAUGCUCCACAAUCUACAUGCCAGGUUUUGAUGCCAACCCUAACCCUAAUCUGAGUAACAUAACAAAACCUCAACAGAGGAAAAAGAACGGAGGUAAAAUGUCUGAAGCUAUUAAAUCAUAUGUACAAAACAUACAGGCUGCCUGUGCCAUCACCAUUUCACAUACAACCAGUUAUGCUAACUUGCUCAGCCAUUUUUUGGCAUGUGUGGUAUGUGUCAACGGGGACAAGGUCCUAUAGUAACUAGCUAAAAUGAGGCACACUGCCAACUGUCAUAGUGGGCACAGGUAUACUUUUCAGAUUCAGAUUCCUUUAUUGUCACUUUACAAGUAAAGCAAAUUUUAAGAUGAAUUUUGUCAAUAACUUGAUGGAUGCAUACUGAAACAAGGAAAGUAGUCCAGUUAAAUUGCCCAAUUUAGCUAUAACCGUAGCUCAACUUGAAUGUGCUUGUAGACUUUUUGUAUGAUACAUGAUAUUGCCAACAUAUUCUCAAGAUUCGCCUUAUCUUCUGUCCAUCCAUCCAGCCGUCGAUCUGUCUAUUUUGUAUUUUGUUCCUACAGUAAUUCCGAGUGUGUUUCCCGUUUCCCUCACCUUUAAACUUCCCAGUGAAGACGAUAUUCAACAGUCUACCAGGCUAUGAUCACUGCGAGUCAACCUCAAAAUGUGUGACAACAGGGUUGCCAACUUUUCCCUUAUGAGGUUGUGUGUGUGUGGGGGGGUGACAGCUGGUUAGCAGUAGGGUGGUAAUAAAGUAGUCCGCCUCUUUUGUUAGGGAUGACGAGCUUGUGUGUGUGUGUGUGAUGGGAUCAGAACGCUGGUAGUGAGAGUAAAGGAAUGUAACCCAGCCUCUUACUCCCUCCAUAUGACGCUAAUUGCAGCAGAACAGGGAUGGCCUGGGCUGCUUGUGUACACCAUUGUUAUUCCUCAGCCUAUUGUCUCCGGACCUCUGACAAUCGCCAUCUGAAUGAGAGCCUGUUAAGCCUGGCAGAUCCCCAUCAUUAGACCCCUUUACAUCCAUUGUAAUGCAGCAUUGAGGAUACUGUAGGGCUAUCAGUGACUUCUGUAGGACUGGGCCCAUGUCCACAAUAACACAGAUAAAUUUUCUCUUUGUUUAGGCCGUCCAUCCACACAAAGCCAACAUGUUUCACCAUUGACAACUUUUUGAAACUGCCCUCAAGGGUGAAUACAUUUUGAAAUGUCUCUUCCAGACCCCAGACUCUUUUUGUGUGAAUGUUGGGUGCAAUUUUGAACCUUUUGUUGAUUUGUUGUAUAAUCAGCAGUUCUCCACAUUAGACACACAAUAGAGAGCUUAUGUGGAUAGCUGAUAGUAUUGAAUGUUAAAAUAUUGUAAAAAUGCAUUUUAAUUGGCCGUAGUGCUGUUCUUGUAUUAUUUUAUAAUAAUGCUUUGUUGUUCAAGUAAUUUGGGAGUUUAGUGGUCUGGCUUGUCAUGUAUAAUUAUAUCCUUAAAAGAAAGGGCUCUACCUGGCUUUAGAGUAAUCUGUUUUCAAAUUCUUAGUAACUAAUUGGAUUUGUAGCAGUUGUAAGUCAGGGCACUCGGCUGAGGAACAGCAGCUUUCAGAAGAACAAAAAACCAUCAUUGUGGGUUUGACAUGAUCUAAUAUGUAAUUAGUUGGGCUGACAGCGUUAACACUGUAUUUACAAUGCAGUUUUGGUUUUACAAUAGUUGAUGUGUUACACUAAGUUUUUGAUCAUACAGGCCUGCUCAUUUGGUCCUUGGAGCAAAUGAAGCCUUACGCCCUCUGAGAUAUUUGGCAUCUCAUUUAAGGGGCCCUGACCCCAGGUCUGAGUCUAGACGACUGGGUCAGAGCAUCUCAAGAACUGCUCUUCAUGUGGAGGGUUACCAGUUUGAAGCAGUCAGACUGGAAAUACGAAAAAUUAUCAAAUUGAUACAAACUUGAUCAAAUUAAGAAAAACUAAUAGGGUGGCAACAGGGUCAAGGGUGGAGGCAAGGCUCAUUGAAGUUCAAGGGGUGCAAAGACUAGCCGGUGUGGUCCAUGCCAAAAGAGAAGCAAGAGGAGUUUGAAUCUAUGAGAAGGACAUGCCAGUUUUGAUGGAGAGGUGUCAGAGCUAGUGCUGCUACUAUGUUUCUGAAACGCAAGACUGUGUUUUAAUUUGGGGCUAAAUUACUCUGAUUAUCAGUGCAUCAGGCCACUUGAAGAAGCUUGAUCAAUUAAAGGGCACUCUCAACUUUCCCUAACCUUUGAAUGGCACUCUUGACCACAGCAGAUUGAUGUACAGAGUCCAUACUGUGCAUCACAGCUUGCUGUGUAUGAGGCUACAUGGCCUGAUACUGGCCAGGGUACCCAUGCUGACCCCCUGCUUACCACCAUAAACAGCUGCUUGUUGGUGUGUAUGAUCCUAACUGGACUACAGAGCAAUAAAGGAACACAACAAUAACCUCUAAGUAAGAACUUUGUAGGAACUUUAGUGUAUUGGUGCCAUAUAUUGCAGACUUUCAGAGGUCUAUGUCUUGUCAGGUCAGGGCUUUUUAGGCAGUACAAGGCAGAUGGUUGUAAUGUUUUGGCUGAGUAAUAUAGGCAAAACAACAGAAACAACUGUCAAUUUAACAGCACUGAAAGAAUUUGAGUCAUGAGCUUCCAAAUACAAACCAUAUUGAUACACAUGCUGUAUAACCUUUUUUUUUGACACAAACAUGUAAAGAUAAUCAAUGACAACUGUAACUUGAUGCUUGAUGUCAUUCUUGGUAGGAUUACUCCGAUUGAUGCUCAAUGGUUUCUACUGUGGGAAAUUCUUAAAAAGUUGAGGUUGUGGAGAAAGAUUUGGCUCAAGUUGUCUUUUUACAGGAUGAAAUUGCACAGAAAAAAAAUCUUCAGACCUUUCCAGAUGCCUUUUAAAAUCCUUCUGUGGUCAUAAAAUAAUUGUCCUGUAUUUCCCCAAAUUGACAGCAACCCUCAAGUGAACGUGACAGUUUUUGUUCACCUAAGUUUGGUCACGAAGGCCCUGUGGUCAUAAACGGCCAGCUGGCCUGUUUUGGGCAGAAUGCAUCUCAGUCUAGUCCUCGUCUUCCUAAAACAAGCAUCUGGAGGCCUAGAGAGUGAAUACAAGUGUGAAUAUAUUCAUCCCCAUGCUGCUUUGUUAAAUCUCUGGGCGUAAAGCCGUUGUACCCCCGUGCCCUCCUGGGUGACCCCCGAGGAUCAGAGACCAGGUUGUCGAAACAUUUGUAACAUUUGGCCAAAGCAAAUCUCAGGCUGCCUGUUGAAUUGAAGCUCACACCAAAGAGGGGAGAGAAAAAGAAUCCCCCUGGAACCCUCAAAACACUCCUUACACUGGACCAGGAUCCCCCCCUCCAUUCCUUAUCCCUCACACACACACACACACACACACACCGAGCACGGAGGCUCAACCCCUCACAACCUCCAGCAAAUCCCCUUUAUCUUUUCCCAGCCAGAUGGGGCCGCUGGAAUAAUAGCUGGAGCCCAAUGAGUUCCAUUCAAUUUGUCAUGCCGUCUAAAGGAGCUUGUAAGCUUCCCAUUUGCAGUUAUGUUAUAGUAACCAUGGGAGGCUCUGCAGUGUUAGGACUUAAUUACCUCCUAAUAGCUGUUGUAGAGAUAAAGCCCCCAGCCAGAAUCACCUAACACUGUCCGGCCCCUCAGACACAGAGGACUGAAGACUCCCUCUGCAGUCUGGAUCCACAUGGUUCAUCAUAUGUGAGAAGGACUGAAGGCUGUCUGUGUUAGUGACCUCUUCACCACACAUGCACCUGCGCCUUUAACUUUAGAUAUAUGGGAUUGUAGAUUAACUACUCCUAUUAUUACAAGGUGAUCACCAUUUCUGAAUCUUGCAUUUUUAGCCUUUGUUUUGUAAAUGUGUUUAAGCCACCAAACUGUCUGGCAGCUGAUCAAAUGCCUGGGUCCACAAGGCAUCAUCAACUAUUCAAUGGGUCCCUAAGAUAAUAAUUACAAUCAUUUCCCAUAAGAGCAAACCCUUCUGACUACACAAGGUUCAUAUUUGUGGAUUUGAAUGAAAUAUCUCAUCAGAGUUGAUAGCUGUAAUACUUUGUGCAGAUGUUCAUGGUCCUCAGAGGAUGGCUUGUAAUAACAUCAAGGAUCCCUUUGCAUCUCUUUGUGCUAUUGACAGUUAAGACAUCAAACCAUGAGUCUUAAGUCCAAGAUGGACAUGAGUCAUUGAAGAUUAAUCCAAGUUGAGCCCCAUUCCCAGAGUCAGACUGAAGUCCUCAUUAAUCUUAUUUGGAGUUUGGGGUGUAGUCCUCGUUACAAACUUCACUCUGAAUAUUGAAUUUCCCUUCGGGGAUUAAUAAAGUUCUUCUUAUUCUCCUUAUUCUUAAACUGUUAACUGACUGAAACUUGCCGGACUGUAUUUGACCCUUAAAAGGAAAGAGAUUUCAUUUAUUAACGUAAGAUUCCGACUCUGGCAGGAGAUUUAAAUAGUCAGAUAAAUUACAGCAUUGUGUAUAAACUGGCCACAUGUGCAGCACAUCUCUCUCAAUUGGGGGUCACAUACACCUAGUGUGAUGCUGUGAGAUCCCUGCAGGUGUCCAAUAACUCAGCCAAUCAGAAUUCUCUCAUUUUGAUUGACAGAAUUUCCCCUUAUCAGUAUUAAUUUAAGCAAUCCAAAGAACAAGAGGUUGAGGCUAACAGUACAGUUAACUUGUUAUAUGCAAUGUAGUUGACUGUUCAAAUUGGCAAACAUCUCUGACUUUUCUAGAAGCAUCCUGGACAGAUCUUGGUUAAAGUUUGAAUUUGUCUUUUUGUUCGUGGUUCUUUUAUGUGUUCAACAGCUACCUCUGUUUCAAAUGUGUGGUCAGCUGCAGCUGAAACUGCUGCAAAACAAGACAGUCUAUGAGCGCUAAAGACUCACUGAAACAAUAAAACAAGCGUCUCUUUGCUUGCUUUGCUCCAAGACUAAUGUAAAAUCAUACUGCACUAUCAUAGAGCAGCAUUGUUCUUACAGAUACAGCAGUUCCUCUGGCCAAAUUUGAGUUUUUUGUACAUCCUCUUAUCACAUGAAAUAAAUCAUAAAUAUAGCAUCAUUUUUGGGCUUUUAUUCUGAAUUGAGGGUUUUCCAGCUAUGAGCUGCACUUCACUCAAAGUUUUGUUUCAAAGUUCCUUUUGUGUGAACAGGAAUUUUGUUCUUGUUUUUGCAAACAGCUUUUUUUUUUUCUUUUACCUUGUUCUUGAACCUAGAAUUUCUUAGAUUUCCUCAUUUCAUGUUGAAACUGUCACUCAGAAACAGUGUCUCCAUGAAGCUUUAUGCUGCUCCUCUCUUUAUGAGCAAAAUAGAGUUCCUUUUAUGGAGAUCAUUGUGGUCUAUAGCUCCAUAUUUUACUACUGCAAGCUGUAGUCAGGUUGAAAAUCCAGAUCACUUUCGAGUUUUAGAAUUUUUAUGUUACUUCCUUUAUCCGCACUUAACUUUGUCAUUUAAAGUACAGCAAAUAGCCUGUGCUGGAGAUCUUCAUGUGAAUCUAACUAGAAAAAAAUGUUACAAACACAUUCACAGUAACAGCAGAGCUGGAGGGAGCAGGCGGCAUCUCACGUUCCUCACUACACAUUUCAACAAAAGCGAGAAUUUUGCUUCAUUUCGUUCCAAGAUUUCCAGAGAAAGGGAUACAGGGGGAGAGCCAGGACAUUAUUCAUGUCUUUCAGUUCAUUUGGCCUCGGCCGGUCAGCUCCCAAGACAGAAAGAGAAACCUUCUCUCCUGUUUUUCCUCCCUCCUCUCUUUUCUGCUUUUUUUGUUCCUUUUCUUUUUUAUUUUGGAGGCAGAUUAGCAGGAUUAAGUAUGGCUCACAUAUGCUCCUCCUCACUAUUGGUAUUCACCACGACACUGGGCCUACCGCCACCCAGAAUGAUGGACAGAGAGAGGCAGAAAGAAGGAGGUGAUGGGAGUGAGGAGAGAAGGAAAUGUUGGAGACACUGUUGUUCACAUAACUUUGUGUGCUUUAGGUUCAGGGCUAUUCCUCAGUCUGCUUUGCCAUCAUUAAAUCAGAUGAAACUUUUCAAUGAAUGUAUCCCUACAGGAAUUUUUUGUCUUUUCUAAAUUAUGGUGAGGCUCCUUCCUUUUUUGACAUGUAUAUGCCCCCCUUGCAAAAAGCUAGAUCUAAUUUUGAGUUUUUGAAGUCCCCAACAGUGCUUUGACCUUAAUCCUGUUCAUUAUAUGAACCAACACCUUUGAGGUGAAUGUGUUCAUGGACUGUAGACCAGACCCUCCCAACCAGCAUCAGGGUUGGACCCCUUGUGGUUGAAAAGGAGUAGAUCACUGCAGCUAAGCUCACAACCUGCUCGAAAAGCCCCAACCCAAAAAAGAGACAAUAAUGCAAAUGGUGUAGGAAGUAUUGUGUUUUUUAAUUCUUGAUGAUAGAAAAACAAAGACGCAAUUUUAUCGUUGAUUUCUUCAAGGAACACAGAGUAACAUGUUCUGACAGGAUUGACUCAAAGAGGUUUUGAAGAGUUUUAUACAAUGAUAAAUCACAGACAAUGUAGACCCACAUCAGUUAUUAUUAAAUAAAAGAACAAGGAGAGCACAGUCAUCUCUACUUGAUAAUGUAAUGAUGCUCAACUCACUACUGCUGUGAAACAUGGAACUAAAUUUGCAUUUUAAGGAAACAAGAAAAAUCACCCUUAAUUUGAUCUUCCAGGUCCUUUUUUACACUUUUGACUUUGUCAUGUCAGAAAAAAAUAUUCUUGUAUGAUUAUGUCAAACAAUAUGAAUUCAGAUAUUAAUAUCAUAAUUCUCAACAAUAAUGACCUCUACUGAAUAAUCUUGUAGCGAUUCAUUCACUGCUGCUUUGAAAUUUGGGAUUUCUACUUUAGUUAUAAGAAUAUAUGAGGAAAAUAAACACUUUUUUUCUUUUCACUCUUUUAUUUUAACAGUGUGCGACUCUAGUCUUAUAAAGUUCUGGGUUCAGAGGUUAAUUUCAUAAACCACUGUUUUUAAAUCUCGUUGUGGUACCGGAAUCAUUUCUAAAACCUUUUCUGAGGCUUAUUGAUAACUCUUGGCUUCUAUGAAUAGCUUUACUUUCACAAAUCACCUUCAUAGAGAAAGAUUGAUAUUGUUUUGCAGUGUAGUGCGUCACUGAUGCAUGACAUGGAAAAAAUAAAACAUUAGGCCUACUACUACUGGACUACCACUACUUCAAGGCCUAUGACUACAUUAUAAAUCUUAACCAUGACUUUAUAUUGUAUUAUAGAUAUUUUUGGCAUUUAUGUUAAAAAUACUCAAAAAUCCACUUGAAUGUUGGCAUUAUUCUGAAGUGCAUCCUUUCUUCACUCAGAUACAUCCACAGUUGUAAAUCAAAAUGUAUAUUUAAAUCUUUUAAAACUUGACUCAGCUGUGGUUAUACUCUGUGAACUCUGGUAGGUGUAGAAGAUGCCUGGCCCUAAAUCAGCCCAGGAGCUGCUAAGUGAAGUGCCUAAUCUGUAGUUAAUAGUGGAAUGACAUUGUGUUUUUGUGAGGGAGAACCCAGCACAGAAGACAGCCAGGCCUGUCUCGUUGAGUGUCCAGAGCCUCAGUGAGACUGUGGGAAUGUGUAAUGAAGCAAACGGUGGCACAGAUACAAACCUGAUUUAAAAUGCCACUUUACCCGCCUUCAUUACCAUAAUCUGAUUUAACGGGAGCACACACGCGCAGGCGACGGACACAGGCGGGAGAAAACAAGCAAAUAAUAACGAAAGGGGGUUACAGUGUGUGUGUGUGUGUGUGUGUGUGUGUGUGUGUGUGUGUGUGUGUGUGUCCCCGGGAACGAUCUUGAUUUUUGUGACACUGACGAACUGACGUAACACCUGACAGACUGUUACAGUGACGGAGAGUGCUCGGCUGUGAUUGGCUCGAAGGUGACCGUUAGAGUGGAAUGUUCCCCCCUCAGUCAUAGAAUCGGUGUCGUCAACGUUCGAAAUAAGAAAUCUGUUAAUGGACCGCGAGUAACUAUGGAAACAGCAGUGUUCUGUCCAGGAAGUAGCUUGAAAUUUUUUGAAAACACAACAAUAUUAUGCUAAUUGUGAGGUGUAGGAGGACACUGAAGCUUGAUUUAGUAAAAUAAUUACCUGAGGUGCAAACUUGUAAUGCCUAUCUUUUGUUCGCUGUUUGGCAAUGUAGCCUAAAUGUUCUUUAAUUGUCAUUUAAUUGUUGCUGCUCUUCUUAUUUAUUUACUUAUUUCGUAAUGUUAAUUGGUGUUUUGUGAGUUCUUGUAGUCUGGGCACCCCUCUGGUGUAUGACGAUGAGAAAAUGAACUGAUAAGUUAAAAUACUACUUCUGCUACUACUACUAGGCCUACUUCUAUUACUACCACUACUAAUACUACUAGCCUACAACUUGGGUACUGCUGCUGCUAGGCCUAGAAAGUCAAUCUGAAGAUUACUUAUUUUGUAGGCUAUUUUAGAUAUUACCAAAUUGGUAUUAAUGUUUUUAAAAAAUGCACAAAAAUUUACUCGACAUAGGAUUUUUAACGGUUUAAAUCUAAAACUUUGUCCUUUUUUAAAAUUUAGGCCCGUGUUUACUUUAUUCUAAGAGAAAUAGCACGAUAAUUGACAUGCUCUGAGGUCCACCUUAUUGUACCAGAAAGGGUAAUUUUCAUCAGCAGUCACUGGCAGGUCAACAGAAAAGUCAUUUAAUCACAAACGAGGUUUUUAUUUAUUUAUCAAAACUACUUUUUAGAACGAAGAGUUGAGCCUGCUUAUGAUCUACUAACUUUACAUUCUUUCUGUUACCUAGAUUUUUUUUAUUAAAUGAAUUAUUAGAUAUGCUCAGGGAGGAUAUUUAUACCCAGUCUUGUGGAAACUUGUUGAGGCAAUUAUCUCUGAUUGCGUCUGACUACAGUCCAACUCGUCGUAUUUGUGAACAAUGCGGCUGUCAGCUUCAGUUAGGCACGAGAGCAAAUCACCGGCGCGAGCCCUUCUGUCAGCUGGAGGCCGUCUGAGCGCGAGCGGCAGGCCGCACUGCUAUCGCUCGCGAGGCACUAAUUGAAAUGUUACGGAUCAUAACCGUUAAAAACAAUUUUACACACUUCAUUAAUUAACGUAAAAGAUGCUUUUGAACAGCAGCUGCUGGUCGACAGCGGGUAAAAACGGAAAACAGCGUAUUAAACCGCAAACUGCGGGCAGAAAACAUAUUGAGCUGCUUAUUAGGUUUCGACUCGUUAUUACAGUACACGUGAGGAUCAUUUAGUGGUGUUAUAGGCCGAAACAUGGAGCUUUUAUUGAACAAGAAAGACAACUGAGGGCGAAAUUUUGACUGUAGCCUACAAAAUAUGGAAUUUAUUGUUUAAACCCAUACUUUUAAUUAGCGAGAAAAACAACACGACGAAAAGGUUGAGCUAGUGUGUUAAAAUGAAGUAAAUUAAGUUCCUGCUUUUUUUCUGAAACCGCAAAUUAUUAAUAAUUAUUAAUUAAUGAGGCGAAAUACGGUAGGCCCCAUAAUUUGUGUGGCAUUUGCCUACAAUAAAAUCCAUCCACACACGGGCCAACAUUUCCACAAGAAGGGGCCAUAUGUAGGAGGGAGUGUGUCUGAUUUCACUUAAUGCUGUGUGUUGGUAAUUACAUCAGGCUGGAGGACCCACCGUCACCCCCUCCUCUCCCCUCUCCUCCCUCCCUGCAUGAAGCUGAUUGGUUGCAAGGAGGCAGCCGGGACAGACACAGCGUUGUCCUGGUGACCCGGCCUCUGUGCGCUCGAGCGCGCUAUAAAAGCCCGCAGCCUGACGCAGGCGUGCCAAAUGGACUGUCAGACACGACCCGGAGUAACAAGUGGAUUUGACGUUUAGCUUUUCUCACCGUCGCGCUUGAAACUCACUUGGUAUGUUUACUGAUUUCUUAUAAAAUUGUUUGUUGGUAGUCUGGUUGAAAAUUUGUGUCAUUUAAGCAGAUUUCAUGGAUAUUUUGUUCUGGUUGUUAUUUGCUGUGAAGUGGAAAGAUGGUUUAUCCUUUUCCAGUUUUCUGGUGAUAAAAUAAAAUUAAAAACAAACAUAGGAAAGCAAAUUUGCACAAAAGUAAACUUGUUUGACUGAAUUUUUACAGGACUCGUUUGUUUUUUAAGCGUCAAGACUAAAGCUAAACUAAGUUUUUACGCACAACUUUUGUAGCUGAUUGCGCAUCAAACUGCGUGAAACAAAAAAUACUUUCGAUAAAGAGCGUUGUGUCUUUAAGUUGCUGCAUGAGAUUUGCAAUUUUUGGCUUCAGGAAAUUAACCUUUUCCCCCUAAUGACAGCACUCUGCUGGACCAGGAUCAUGGACUCUGAUACAAGCCGCGUUUCGAGCAGACCAUCCUCCCCCGAAGUUGACGACAUCUUCCUGUCCACCCUCAAGAAGUCAGUGCACGGUUUCUCCGGUGCUGUGUCCUCCACACAGAGCGACUCUCCGUCUGAGAUCCCCGGCCUGCGCGGCCUCUCCGCUUCCGACGAGGAGUCCCUCGCGCUCAGGCUCGCGUCCAAAAAAGACCGUAAACUCCUCUCAGAGGGCGAGCUGCAGUCAAUCCGCCUCAAGAUCAACAGUCGCGAGAGAAAAAGAAUGCACGACCUGAAUGUGGCCAUGGACGGGCUCCGGGAGGUCAUGCCGUACGCGCACGGACCCUCUGUGCGUAAACUCUCCAAAAUCGCCACCCUUCUGUUGGCGAGAAACUACAUCCUGAUGCUGAGCAACUCUCUGGAGGAGAUGAAGCGGUUGGUGAGCGAAAUCUACGGCAGCAGCGGUCAUCACGGCGGCUUCCACCCAUCAGCCUGUGGGACUAUGACGCACGCAGGACCCGUUCCGGGACAUCCCGCAGCUUCUCACGCCUCACACCCGGCUGUGCACCACCCGCUUCUCCCACCAGCAGCCGUCUCCACCGCGUCUCUGUCAGCGCCCGGCAUCGCUGCUGUCACCUCAGUCAGACCCCACCACGGACUCCUCAAAACCCCCGCUGCAGGUGCAGGGCCGCUGGGCAGCAGCUUCCAGCACUGGGGCGUCGGCACCGGGAUGCCUUGUCCGUGCAGUAUGUGCCAAGUCCCGCCUCCGCAUGUCUCAAGCAUGAGCACCGUCACCAUGCCGAGGCUGACCAGCGACUCCAAGUGACUCCUAAGUAAACGGAGACGAACUUUUGGGGUUGUUACAGACUCUCUCCCCACAUUAUGACGACUUUAAUUUAUCUUUGUUGCAUCCAUGGAGCCAGUUAAGACCAAUGCAUCCAUUCUUCUCUCUGGGACUUUUGCUGUUUUUCCAACUAACUUAGUGUUCUAUGGUUAUUAACCUCAACUGUAACAGAUGUUUGUUGACUGAGCUCCUUAAGCACAACAUGAAUUCAGCUUUUACUGGAAAUCUUUAAAGGCCCGGACCUUACAGUCUGUUAUUUAAAGAUCAAACUGAAGAACUGUGGGCCUGCAGGGAAAAAAAGGACCCAAAUCAAACCACAAAUGUAGAGUGUAAAUAUGUAGAUGAAUUCUUCAGUUGAAAUAGUUGGAGAUAUAUAUUAGAGUCUUGUUAAUGAGUGGGAGGACUCCCCCACCCCUCACAUGUUGCACCUGCUUUAUUCUAUCCAUCUCAUUCAAAGCUUCUCUCCUUGUUUCUCCUCAGUAGGGUGUCGAUCUCUGCAAACAAUGACCACUUCUUUAUUUUUUUAAUGACAAAAAAAUGAAAUGAUAUUUAUUUACUUAUUUUGGAGGGGGAUUUCAGAUGAAUCUCUGAUUAUGUUGGUAUUUGAAAUGUAAAAUAAAGAUGCUUAAUUGAAAAUGGAAAAA